AUGAACGGACACUUCGCCUCCGUCGGCGAUGAGCCCACCAAGGCUCAGUAUGAACACGGCGUCCAGGUCAUCGACGAGGACAAGGAGUUCAACUCCAAAAUCAAUGCCUACCUCCGGGUCACAGAUGUCGCCGAGUCCGGCUUCAACUACCACCUGAUAUCCGUCUUCGGCUCCCAGUCCACCGGCAAGUCGACCCUCCUCAACCACCUCUUCGGCACCGAGUUCAAUGUCAUGUCCGAGUCGGAACGCCGCCAGACCACCAAGGGAAUAUGGAUGUCCAAGAACAAGAAGGGCUCCAUGGCCGACAACAUCCUGGUCAUGGACGUCGAGGGCACCGACGGUCGCGAGCGAGGCGAGGACCAGGACUUCGAGAGAAAGAGCGCCCUCUUUGCCCUGGCCACCAGUGAGGUCCUGAUCGUCAACAUCUGGGAACACCAGGUCGGUCUGUAUCAGGGAGCCAACAUGGGCCUCCUCAAGACCGUCUUCGAGGUCAACCUCCAGCUCUUCCUGAAGGACAAGCAGUCGAACCCACGAUCGCUGCUGUUCUUCGUCAUCCGCGACCACAUCGGCAAUACCCCCCUGUCGAACCUGCAGAACACCUUGCUGCAAGAUCUUGGGAAGCUGUGGUCGUCCAUCUCCAAGCCGCCCGGACUGGAGAACUCGCGCAUAGAGGACUACUUCGACUUUGCCUUCUCCGCCCUGCCCCACAAGAUCCUCCAGCCCGAUAAGUUCGUGACCGAGGUUGAUAAGCUGGGCCGGCGCUUCGUGGCUGGCAGCCGAAGUGGCAAGGUCCUUGGCCAACAUGGCGACCAAGAGCUCGAUGGUGGUGUUUUCCUUCCCGAGUACCACCGCAGAAUCCCUGCCGAUGGAUUUUCUGUCUACGCCGAGGGGGUCUGGGACCAGAUUGUCAACAACAAGGAUCUGGACCUGCCGACGCAACAGGAGCUGUUGGCCCAAUUCCGAUGCGACGAAAUUUCGAGAGAGUCCCUUAUUGCCUUUGAUGAGGUCGUCACCCCUCUCGAGGAUAAGCAGACUGAGGCUGUGCGCAUCGGGAAGCCGUUCGUACUACCGGGCCUGGGCAAGACGGGCAGUGCGGCACGCGAAAAGUGCUUGAAAUUAUUUGAAGUUUCUGCCAGCAGAUAUCACAAGGCCGUCUUCAAGCGGAAGCACCAAGAGCUUGAGAACAAGAUCGACCAGCGUCUGAAGGCUCUCUACCAGGCCCAGGUCUCAGCAAUCCACAAGUCCGGAGUUGCCACGUUUAGCGAAGCUGUCUCAAGUGCUGUCAAGGCCGGGCAGAAGUCGGGCGGCGCAUAUGAGUUCGCCGAGAUUGUCGACGCAGAGAAGACAAAGACUCUGGAGUUCUUCAAAACAGAGGCUCAGAGCUUGGCAAUCCAGGGUGUGCCUUGGACGAACUUCAAGUCGCAGUAUCUCCUGUUCGAAAAGGAGCUGGAUGAGGUCAGCGCCAAGCUGAGAAAAGAGGAGAUGCGAAGACUGGCGACAAGAGUUGAGCGAUGGGUAAAGUCUCGUCUCGGGGAUGCCAUCGGCCUGGAGUUCAACAAGCUGGGUUCCGGCCGAGGUGGCUCGGGUGCUCCCGAGGAGGGAGAGAAACCGCCGACAGAGAAGGAUCUCUGGGACCGUAUCUGGAGCGCUUUCGUGGACAUCGUCAAGGAGGCCGAAAGCCGCUUUGCGGACCGCGCGAAAAGCUUCGAGGCGAGCCAGGAUGAGGUGGACGUCGGGCUUUGGCGUCUGCGGCGCAAGAGUUGGGUUGCUCUCCGCGAGAGAAUCGAAGAGGAGGUCAUGGAAGGCAACAUCCUGCUCAAGCUCCGCGAGAACUUUGAAGACAAGUUCCGAUACGACGAGGCGGGAGUUCCGCGGAUCUGGCGUCCAACCGACGACAUCGAGGGCAUCUACACCAAGGCACGGGAAUCGACCCUCGGGCUCAUUCCCCUCUUGUCGAGGUUCAGGCUGGCCGCAACCUAUGGACCCCCUGACCUUCCUGAUUUCAUCGGGCACCAACCUUCGGGCGCGGAGCCUGAGGACGAGGAUGAUCUCACGCCCAUCGGUGGCGUCGACGAAGAGGACGGCAAGAGCCUGGAAGAGGAGAUGACAGUCUUGAGCGAGAGCAAGCGCCAAGACCUCGUCGUCCGGUUCAAGAAGAUGGCAGAUGGCGUCUACGUCGAGGCCAAGCGCAGUGCCAUUGGAGGAGUCGCACAGGUGCCAUUUUAUUUCUAUGGGAUACUCUUGGCACUUGGCUGGAAUGAGUUGCUCACAGUCCUCCGCAACCCCAUGCUUUUCGUGCUCCUUCUCCUGGUUCUGGGCGGCACCUAUGUCGCCUACAGCCUCAACCUGCUCGGCCCGAUGAUGCAGAUGAGCAACGCGGCCUGGGGCCAGGCCAUCGAGAUCGGAAAGCAGAAGCUGCGCGAGUUCCUCGAGAACAACGAGACGGCUCGACAGGCCAUUGCUAUGCCCGCGCGGCGCGACACGGACAACAUUAGCAUGGACACCCUGGACAGCCGCGGGAAGCGAGCCUCCCAGCGCGCUGCUGCUGAUGACGAUGAUGAUUUUUAA